UCACAAAAACUCAACAUCGACGUGUCAAAAUCAAAAAAAGUAAAAAAGAAAAAGUUUUUCUUUCUCUAAAAUAAAGUAAUUUAUUUGUUUUAUUUUCAACAACAAAAAACCAUCGAAUAUUUUCGAUAAAUCCCAAUUCAAUACAAAAAAUUUUAAAAAUUGAAUCCACCACCAAACACCCACAAUGGUAUUAGCUGAUUUAGGUCGUAAAAUUACGACUGCUUUGCAUUCCUUAAGCAAAGCUACAGUCAUCAAUGAAGAAGUUCUAAAUUCCAUGCUAAAAGAAAUUUGUGCAGCCUUACUUGAAGCUGAUGUAAAUAUUCGCCUGGUCAAACAAUUGCGUGAAAAUGUCCGAGCUGUCAUUGAUUUCGAUGAAAUGGCUGGUGGAUUGAACAAACGUAGAAUGAUUCAAUCGGCUGUUUUCAAAGAACUCAUUAAAUUGGUCGAUCCUGGUGUUAAACCAUAUCAACCAGUCAAAGGUAGGCCAAAUAUAAUUAUGUUUGUCGGUUUGCAAGGUUCUGGCAAGACAACAACCUGCACCAAAUUAGCCUAUCACUAUCAAAAGCGCAACUGGAAAUCGUGCCUAGUUUGCGCCGAUACUUUCCGUGCUGGUGCCUAUGAUCAGAUUAAACAGAAUGCUACUAAAGCUAGAAUUCCAUUUUAUGGUAGUUACACAGAAAUCGAUCCUGUUGUAAUUGCUCAAGAUGGUGUUGAAAUGUUUAAAAGGGAGGGAUUUGAAAUGAUCAUAGUCGACACGAGUGGUCGCCAUAAACAAGAAGAGUCUCUGUUUGAGGAGAUGUUGGCAGUUGCCAAUGCUGUCAAGCCAGACAAUAUUAUCUUUGUGAUGGAUGCCACAAUUGGACAGGCUUGUGAAGCCCAAGCUAAAGCCUUUAAAGAGAAAGUAGACAUUGGGUCGGUUAUCAUUACCAAGUUGGAUGGGCAUGCCAAAGGAGGUGGUGCUCUAUCCGCUGUGGCAGCCACACAAUCGCCAAUUAUCUUUAUUGGCACUGGGGAGCAUAUUGACGACCUUGAGCCAUUUAAGACAAAGCCAUUUGUGAGUAAACUUUUGGGAAUGGGAGACAUUGAAGGUUUAAUUGAUAAAGUCAAUGAGUUGAAAUUGGAUGGGAAUGAGGAACUCUUGGAGAAGAUCAAACAUGGACAGUUUACAAUUCGAGAUAUGUAUGAACAAUUCCAGAAUAUCAUGAAAAUGGGUCCAUUUUCUCAGAUUAUGGGAAUGAUUCCUGGAUUCUCACAAGAUUUCAUGACAAAGGGUGGGGAACAGGAGUCGAUGGCGAGAAUUAAGCGAAUGAUGACAAUGAUGGAUAGUAUGUCAGAUGGAGAACUUGAUAACCGUGAUGGAGCCAAACUUUUCAGUAAACAACCAACUCGUUGCAUCCGAGUUGCCCAAGGAGCUGGUGUGAUGGAACGAGAAGUUAAAGAACUUAUAUCACACUAUACAAAAUUCGCAGCGGUCGUUAAGAAAAUGGGUGGAGUUAAAGGUCUUUUUAAGACUGGUGAUAUGACAAAGAAUGUAAAUCCCUCACAAAUGGCCAAGUUGAAUCAACAAAUGGCCAAAAUGAUUGAUCCAAGGAUGUUGCAGCAGAUGGGUGGUGUUGGGGGGUUGCAGAAUAUGAUGAGACAAUUGCAACAAGGAGCUGGCGGUGGACUGGGUAAUCUGAUGGGCUUUGGAGGAAAGUCAUGAAUAUGUUAAGGUUAUAUCAGUCGAUUAGGAAUAUAAUGGUUUAAGUUUUUUUUUUUUUGUUUUUCUUUUUGAUUCUUUUUUGUUUUAAUUUUUCUCGUAAAAUAAUAUUUAACAAAUUGUUUUUUUUUUUGAUUUACAAACAUUCAGUAACGAUUUAUUUUCUUUGUUUUACAUUUUUAUGGUCAAAUUUUGGAUUGUUUUUGAUCUUGAGGCAAUUCUGUAUUUUGUAAAACAAAACAUUUUAUUCAUACCUACACAUCGGUCAUUGCGUCGUCGUUGCUGAGAUUGUAAACAAAUUAAAUUUGCAACGAGAAUAUAUGGGGAGAUAGCAAUUAUCAUGCGUUCUUUCUCUUAUUUGUUUCUGAAAAAUUAAAAAAAAAAAUACAAAAUAAAACAAAGAAAUAAAGAAGAACAAAUUGAAUACAUUUUUGUA